AAGGUGCUGGAUGAGGACAGGGAAACACAAGCUGGGUCGCUCCAGUCAGAAACUGUUUGUUCAAGUUGUUAAACUGUUGUUUUUUUGGGUAGAAAUUUUGUUCUGGACAGGCAGACAUGAGGAUCCUGCAGGAUUUGUGUCUCCUGGCUUUUUACGCCUGCUGCGUUUAUCAAGCUGAUGCGCGACAGACAUAUCGGGAUGUUUUCCCCCACAAGCACUCAUUAACAGGAAAGUUUCCAUUUCCAAUCCCACCAAUCCCGGGAUGGGAGCCUGAUACCAAUCCAUGGGAUGAUUACCUCUACCCACCGCUAAACUCAAAGCCCAGAGAGCUAAUGCAUCACAGAGGUAAACCGAAAGUCCGUCUAACCAGCGACAGCCCAGCUAUUAAUGGCUCAUGCAUAACCUUUACUGCCAAGCUGGAGUAUCCUCCGUGUCAGAGGGAAGAUGCCAAUGGGGACCUUGUCUGGGAUGAGCACUGCGAGGAUGGUACGGAGCUGGAGGCCUCAGCUAACGGACAGCUUCGCUCAGGAUAUGUGUAUAACUGGACUUCUUGGUUGGAUGAUUACGGAUUUGGAAAGUGCACAGACAAGGCAAAAUGCAAUGUGUUCCCUGAUGGGAAGCCUUUUCCACAGAGCAAUGACUGGAGGCGCAAGAGCUACGUCUAUGUUUGGCACACAAUGGGCCAGUACUAUGAAACAUGUGAUGGAUCAUCUUCCAGUGUGACCAUUAACACCACUAAUAUCCCACUGGGGGCAGAGGUCAUGGAGGUUAUGGUGUAUAGGAAGCGUGAGCGCAGGAAGUACAGCCCCCUCACUAAUGACAACACUGUAUUCUUAAUCACAGAUAAGAUCCCACUGGCAGUUGACAUCUCCCAGAAGUCUGCUGUCAACAAGUCUGCCAAUGUUUUUAUCCGUGGAGAGGAGAUGGUCUUCAAAGUCCGGCUCCAUGAUCCCAGCGGCUACCUAAAGACGGCCGCAUCAGUGGACUACAUCUGGGACUUUAAAGAUGGCAACCAGCUCGUGACACACCGCGAGGUGACGACGCACACUUACAGCACACUGGGGAUAAUGAAUGUGAAGCUGGUAGUGGAGGCUGCGUUUCCUGUGGAGUGUCCACCCGCUUCUGCCACUCCGACUCCAAGGCGCCCCACAUCGCCACCUCUUACAGUGGCUCCUACUACUACUCCAGCUACCCACGCCGUGACAACCAAGAUCAAGACAACGUCUGUGCCACCCAAGACCAGUCAGCCCAUUUACUCGUCCACUUCCUCUGCAGUGACAACCGGGUUACCAACAACAGAGCCCCUUCCCUCCACUGUAGCGACUGAGUCCAUCCCCACCACCACCCUGCCUUGGCUCAAAGAAAAGAGUCAGAACAGCAACGAAUGUUUCCGUUACGCCUAUGGGACAUUCUCAGGCAACAUCACUAUAGUUGAGCCAAAGCACCCUCUAAGAAAUCGGCUAAAGAGUCGCAUUGUGGACGUUUCGGCUGCCAGGGUGACCAACACCGACAUUAACUUCCUGGUAAAAUGUCUUGGCAGUAUCCCCACUUCCGCCUGCACCAUUGUGUCAGACCCCAGCUGCACUAAAGUACGCAACAUUAUGUGCAACGAUGUUCCACCAUCAACAGAGUGUGAGGUGCAUCUGAGGCGAAGGUUUCUGGAACCCGGCACCUACUGUGUGAACAUCACCCUGGAGAGCUCAAAGAGCAUGGCACUUGCUAGCACCACCAUCACCAUCAGCAAGUCUCAGGACACACCUGUGCCUGAAACUCCAAACACUGCCCGGGUAGUUCUCACUUCUAGUGCUGUGCUGGUGGCAGUCUUUGCGAUGAUUGCCUACGUGGUUUACCGGCGCCACAAGCUUUACCGGCCCAUCCGAAGGUCACUUGUUGAGGAUGCCUGUGCCCGUUCUGAUACAAGAGGUCCAAUGGUUCGCCUGAGGGAGGCGCUCUUCCCCUCCAGUGAGGAGAGCCGCCACCUGCUGCAUGAAAGACACCCUUUGUAGGGUUUGGAGGAGUUACAUCCAAUUGGCGUUUCUCUUUUACUUUAAAACUGGUGAAUGAUACUAAUAGCAAUGUGUCUGAAGAUUAGUGUGCUGUCUGAAAAAAUCCUAAUGCUUUAUAAUACAUUUACUAAACAGGUUGUUUAACUUGGUCCUACAGCACUAAUUUUAAUACCAGUUUGGAAUUAAUGUUCUGUGGAAAAGUUUGAAUAAGCCAUAUUGGUAUCUUUGAUUAAAGGAUACAAAAUUUCCAUGUGAGGUAUGCUGGGCACCAUGUUCCUAAGCUCUUAUUAAACCUUUACAAGUUUGUUUUUCCCCACACUAUUAUACUUUUAAAUCCGAGUCCAGAUUAUUUGAAGUCUGUUUUUUUUUUUUUCUUAUCCUAAGUUGAAAGUGCUGUUCAUAAAACCUAAGUUUUGCAAAGAAAAUUGUGUUUAAUUUGUAGAGAUGCUAAAAACAAGUUACAAGGUAUGAAUGAACAUGCUAACAUUUAAGUUAGGUAAUCAUAUAAAACGUCGAUAACCAUUAAUCUUGUUUGAUUGUUAAAGCUUAAACUGUGAAAAUGUGUAGUUGAGCUCCUUUAAUUGAAACUGCAACUUCCAAGAAAUCUUCAAUAAAAUAA